AUGAUGCCGUUUCCCGCGGCCACCCAGGGCGCACAACAGCCGGCGCCGCCGCCGCAGAAGCACUGCGGCAUCUCCUCCCCCAUCAGCCUGGCCGCCCCCAAAGACACGGACCGCGAGCUGACGCAGAAGCUGAUCGAGACGCUGAAGCCCUUCGGCGUGUUCGAGGAGGAGGAGGAGCUGCAGCGCCGCGUGUCGAUCCUGGAGAAGCUGAACCUGCUGGUGAAGGAGUGGAUCCGGGAGACGAGCGAGCGCAAGAGCCUCCCGCAGGCCGUGGUGGCCACGGUGGGGGGCCGCAUCUUCACGUUCGGCUCGUGCCGGCUCGGCGUGCACACGCGGGGCGCCGACAUCGACGCGCUGUGCGUGGCGCCGCGCCACGUGGACCGCGCCGACUUCUUCAGCUCCUUCUACGCCAAGCUGAAGCUGCAGGCCGAGGUGCGCGCACUGCGCGCCGUGGAGGACGCCUUCGUGCCGGUCAUCAAGCUCUGCUUCGACGGCGUGGAGAUCGACGUGCUGUUCGCGCGCCUGGCGCUGCAGACCAUCCCCGAGGACCUGGACCUGCGCGACGACAGCCUGCUCCGGAACCUGGACAUUCGGUGCAUCCGCAGCCUCAACGGCUGCCGCGUCACCGACGAGAUCCUGCACCUCGUGCCCAACCUCGACAGCUUCAGGCUGACGCUCAGAGCCAUCAAGCUGUGGGCCAAGUGCCGCCACAUCUACUCCAACAUCCUGGGCUUCCUCGGGGGUGUCUCCUGGGCCAUGCUCGUGGCCAGGACCUGCCAGCUCUACCCCAACGCUGCAGCGGCCACCCUGGUGCGCAAGUUCUUCCUGGUCUUCUCCGAGUGGGAGUGGCCAAACCCCGUGCUGCUCAAGGAGCCCGAGGAGCGCACCCUGAACCUGCCGGUGUGGGACCCGAGGGUGAAUCCCAGCGACAGGUACCACCUCAUGCCCAUCAUUACACCGGCGUACCCGCAGCAGAACUCCACCUACAAUGUGUCCGUCUCUACCAGGAUGGUCAUGGUCGAGGAGUUCAAGCAAGGGCUCGCCAUCACACACGAAAUUCUGCUGAAUAAGGCAGACUGGUCCAAACUUUUUGAAGCGCCAAGCUUCUUUCAAAAGUACAAGCAUUACAUUGUCCUUCUGGCAAGCACACCGACAGAAAAACAGCACCUGGAGUGGGUGGGCUUGGUGGAAUCAAAGAUCCGAAUCCUGGUUGGGAGCUUGGAGAAGAAUGAGUUUAUCACGCUGGCACAUGUGAACCCACAGUCAUUUCCAGCACCCAAAGAAAAUCCCGACAAGGAAGAGUUUCGCACCAUGUGGGUGAUUGGGUUAGUGUUAAAAAAGCCAGAAGACUCUGACAUUCUCAAUAUUGAUCUCACCUAUGAUAUUCAGUCUUUCACAGAUACAGUUUAUAGACAAGCAGUGAACAGUAAGAUGUUUGAGAUGGACAUGAAAAUUGCUGCGAUGCAUUUAAGAAGAAAGGAACUCCAUCAGCUACUGCCCAAUCAUGUCCUUCAGGAAAAGAAAGCACAUUUCACAGAAGGUGUAAGGUUGACAGCUGUGAAUGACAGCAGCCUCCACUUGUCCCUGGACAGUGAGAACAGUGUGCGUGUGCCUUCACCCACCAGCUCUGCAAAGCCUGGCCCAUUGACUGGCAGCCCUCAGGGCAGGAGCAGUCCUGUCCUGGCUGUAAUGGCAGCGUCUUUGACCAACAUACAGGCUCCUGAAGUUUCCUUGCAACACACGAGUCCCAGUGAGAACUCAGGGGUUGUGUUGAGUGGGGAGAGCCUUCCUCAGACUCCCUCACAGCUUACCAUUUCUGCACCACCAAACCCCACGGUAACCAGAGUUGUUUCUUCAACACAUCUGGUGAACCAUCCACUAGACCUUCAGGAAACACAGCAACAAAUAUAUCUAAUCCUAUAG